UAGAGGCGGCUGGUAUCUGAUAUCUACACACACUUUCCAGGUCUUGCUUAAUCCUAUACCGAGACCUGUCGUUUCUUCUUCAGCUUUGUUAUUAGCAGUCCUGGAACACUGCGUUUCUCACACGGUGAAAGCAGCCUUUGUCAGCGAAACAAUGGAGACCUGUGCCUAUCUUUGGUGGUGUCAGGCUGUGUAGAAGCGUGAUGUGAAGGAGGUCUUGUUUCCUGCACUUUACUCUCACAGCCUAGAGGUGAGAGCAGUCACUAAUAACGAGGCAGCUCUUAAAACAGGAGUGGGCGUGGAAGGAUCCCGAGAGCCGCAUGCACAGAUCUCAUUUGUGAGACACUAAAGAGGCCCUGUGGACGGAACAGCUCAAACGGGCAGGUUGGAUGAGAAAUUGUGCAUCGUGCAGUACUUUGGGUGACAGGACCAGACGGCUGCGCUUCACAGUGUUCUUUCUCAUUCCAAAGACCUACACCUUGAAAAGAGAAAAGGAACUGACUCAAGCUGCUGUAUGAUUUGAAAGCACCGGGUGAGUUCCUUAUUAUGUGUGGUGCGAAGCUGACUCUGAACCUAGGAUGUCUUUCCUAGAUGGAUGCCAUACAUGAGACACAAGAGUUUGCAAAGCAACUACAUCAACCUCAACCAAAUGCCUGAUCAUUUUUCAGCGUACUACAUCGCUGUGGAUCCUAGCACAUCCUAGUGCACCAUGAUUUGUAAUCUUUGCACAUUCUUUUUUACAAAAUCACAUGAACAUCAUUAACAAUCUGAAACAGUCAGAAUAUGAAGUGCUUCUGCUCCUGCAUUAGAGCGAUCAGUCACCUGAUUUACGUCUGUAAGAAAGCCACAGAGGAGCACUCCCCUUCUCUGAAAGUGAGUCAUCGGCCCCCAGCUACACUGUGGGGCGCUGUUGAGCCCAACUCAAUUCUGAACACUGGACUCUAGCCUGUCUGCAUCCCUCUGUCUUUACAAAUCUGAUAAUCAGAAGUAAAUUCAGCUGGAAUAUAUUGUUUCUUCUCUUUCCCUCUCAAUAGAGAUCCUUGCUCUUUCCCCAAAACCUUGUGCCUCCACAUUGUCACUUUCUUCCUUGCAUCCUCGCUUUAUCCUUCGGAUGAGACAUAAAACCGAGGUCCUAUUGUAAGUGACUCUGCAGUAGCUGUUGAUGCAAAGCACACCCUAGUCUGUAAGUCACUUUGGAUAAAAGCGUCUGCUCAAUGACUCAUUAAUAUGAGUGUGAUAUAAAAGAGAGAACUGAUAUCUGUGUUAGGCAGCUGUAAGAGACAUGGCAAUCACGGUUUAUGGACACUGCAAUGUGAGUUAUUUACUGGUAGGACAUAAAAACACAUCUUCACACGAGCAGAAUGCUGAAAGAAAGCGAGUUCUGUGUAGUAACUCCCUUUCAUCGUUCUGUAAAUACCAUCUUGGACGUUUUCAUUGCAUGACAAAUGGACACAUGAGAAAUGGAUAAUGCCAGGAAAAGAAAGUUAGAAUAGCAAGCAACCCUACUGCAAGAUACUGUGGCAUUUUUAUUAUUGCAUACGAUUGAAAUACGUUCUGGAUCGGUUUACCCCCUGAUUAUCAAUCUUCCGAGUAAUAGCUGUGUUAUUACAUCGUAAUUACAUGCAAUAAAAGAGCAAGAUUCUUUUUAAAGAUGCUCAGUCUGAGAGCGGCACACUUCACAGGAUGAGAAAGAUAGCAUCAGCAGAUGGCUCUUGAAUUCCUGAGUAUCUUUGUUCUUGAUUGUUUUUCUUGUAUAAAACAGUGUUUAAUGUUAACAAAUAAAUAGCUGCUAAAGAAACACAAAAAAACAAACAAUAAACAAAUCAUACUUUGCUGAACAGAGAACAGUACGUCCCCUACAGCCUCAAUGAUAAAUGCAGCAUGUCUGACAAAUAUGCAAGUGCACCUGACCCAAAAUAGUUUCCAUAGAGCUGCCAGAAAUACGACUACCACAGCCUUAGAGAUGAGCCCUUACCCAGCUCACUAAUACCACAGCCUUAGAGAUGAGCCCUUAUCCAGCUCACUAAUACCACAGCCUUAGAGAUGAGCCCUUAUCCAGCUCACUAAUACCACAGCCUUAGAGAUGAGCCCUUACCCAGCUCACUAAUACCACAGCCUUAGAGAUGAGCCCUUAUCCAGCUCACUAAUACCACAGCCUUAGAGAUGAGCCCUUACCCAGCUCACUAAUACCACAGCCUUAGAGAUGAGCCCUUACCCAGCUCACUAACACCACAGCCAUAGAGAUGAGCCCUUAUCCAGCUCACUAAUACCACAGCCUUAGAGAUGAGCCCUUACCCAGCUCACUAACACCACAGCCAUAGAGAUGAGCCCUUACCCAGCUCACUAAUACCACAGCCUUAGAGAUGAGCCCUUACCCAGCUCACUAACACCACAGCCAUAGAGAUGAGCCCUUAUCCAGCUCACUAAUACCACAGCCUUAGAGAUGAGCCCUUACCCAGCUCACUAACACCACAGCCUUAGAGAUGAGCCCUUAUCCAGCUCACUAAUACCACAGCCUUAGAGAUGAGCCCUUACCCAGCUCGCUAAUACCACAGCCUUAGAGAUGAGCCCUUACCCAGCUCGCUAAUACCACAGCACACAAUGAAAAGAUUCAAAGCUCACAUUUUCUUGGGAAGAGGAGCGCUUCUGAUUUGAAAUUAUAAGCCCCAUUUAGUCCAAAACUAAUUUCAUAAUUAAUGUCACAGAGCAAACGUUUUGCUUAAGGCAGUAUCAUAGUUGCAUGCCUUUACUAAAGAAAGUACUGCAGUGCUUAUACUACAUUAUUCUUUAUGCACAUUUUGCAGUGGGUUUGACUAGCUCAGUGGUUAGAGUGCUGGGCUGCAGUGUGGAAGGCAGUGGGUUUGACUAGCUCAGUGGUUAGAGUGCUGGGCUGCAGUGUGGAAGGCAGUGGGUUUGACUAGCUCAGUGGUUAUAACACUGGCUAAUACUGUAGGAAGACAAGGCUUUAGAAACAUAUAGUGCAAAUGCUGUCUGUGAGUUUGGAGGUUUAGCGAGAGAAAGCAAGAGAGAGAGAGUGAGAGAGCGAGUGAGAGAGCGAGAGAGAGAGAGAAUCUGAAAAGACGCUUUGGAUCUGACAAGAAACACUGUGCCGACUCCCUGAUACUCACUCAGUCACAAAAAGAAAGAUUAAAGACACAAGUCCCGGCUCUGUCCUUCUGACCACCAGCAAUGACAGGAGCUCCAAGGCUGGUCUACCUGCAGGUCCUUUCAACCGUCAUGACAGUUCAAGCAGCAGCAGGGUCCUUGCUGGUGAAGAGGAGCACUCUGUCCCCAGCCUGUCCGGUGGGACACUUCCCCUGCGGGAACCUCUCCAUGUGCCUGCCCCAGCUGCAGCACUGCAACGGGGUCCAGGACUGCAGCAAUGGGGCCGACGAGCUCAACUGCGAGGAUCUCAGCGGCUGGUCUGGCAUGUUCAGGGUGAAGGGGAUACCUGAUCCUCAGGGCUGGCAUCAGGAGUGCUUCCUCACUGAAUACCCCAGGGUCUGUGACUGUCAGGAGACAGAGCUGGAGUGUGUGGAUGUCAACCUGGACUCCGUUCCUCGGGUGUCCUCUAACGUCACCUUACUAUCACUCAAACAGAAUCACAUUAAGAACCUCCCUGCUGAGGUUUUUGUCCAGUUCACAGAGUUAGAGAAACUGUUUUUGCAGUGUAACUGUAUUGAGACUGUCUCCAGCAGUGCGUUUGUGGGGCUCCACAGGCUACAGAAACUAUAUCUCAGCCAGAACUGCAUUCAAGUAUUGACAGCAGGCACGUUCAAAGAGCUCCACAACUUACAGUGGCUAAUUCUGGAUGAUAACCCCAUUAAAAUCAUCCCCAGUCAGCUGUUCAUGGGGCUGAAGUCUUUGUUCUUCAUGUCCAUGGUCAACAACUCACUGGAACAGCUUCCGGGAAGCGGCCUGUGCACUGACACUCCUGCUCUCAACUGGCUUGACUUUGACAGGAACCUAAUCAAGCAGUUGAACUCUUCAAUAUUUGUGUCCUGCGGUUUCCUCACUGUGCUGUUUCUCCGCCAGAACGAAAUCAGCGUGAUCUCAGAAAACACAUUCAGUUCACUUCGGAAUCUGAUCGAACUGGAUCUGUCAGGGAACAAGCUCCACCGCCUGCCUGCUGACAUCUUCCAGGACCUGAGGUCCCUCGAGACGCUAAAUCUUUCUGGCAACAAUCUGAGCCACAUUCACCCGAGUCAGUUUGACAGCCUGGCCUGCGUGCGCUCCCUGGACCUAGACGGAAUUGACAUCCCGAAUAUUCACGUGCGGAUGUUUGCUCCAAUGAAGAACCUGACUCACAUCUACUUCAAGACGUUCCAGUACUGCCGGCUGGCGCCCCACGUGCGGAGCUGCAAGCCCAACACAGACGGGAUCUCCACGGUCCAGGACCUCCUGGCCAGCCCGGUACUGCGCGUCUGCGUCUGGGUCAUCGGCUUCCUCACCUGCUUCGGGAACCUCUUCGUCAUAUGCAUGCGCUGCUGCAUCCGCGCCGAGAACCAGCUGCACGCACUCGGGAUCAAGUGCCUCUGCUGUGCAGACUGCCUGAUGGGGGUGUACCUGUUCUUCGUGGGGGUGUUUGAUGUGAAGUAUCGGGGGGAGUAUAACCAGCACGCCCAGCUCUGGAUGGAGAGCACCCAAUGUGGGAUGAUGGGCUUCCUGGCCAUGCUGUCCAGCGAGGUGUCGGUCAUGCUGCUUGCCUACCUGUCCCUGGAGAAGUGUCUGGCCAUCACCUUCCCCUUCAGCACCAUGAGACCGGGCCGCUGCCAGACCCUCAUCGUCCUUCACUCCAUCUGGGUCCUGGGCUUCGUCAUCGCUCUCAUCCCGCUCCGCAACCAGGAGUACUUCGGGAAUUAUUACGGACGCAACGGGGUCUGCUUUCCUCUCUACGCCGACGAGACAGAGAAACCCGGAGCCAAAUACUACUCCAUCGGGAUCUUUCUUGGGCUGAACGUGCUGGCGUUCCUGGCCAUCCUGCUGUCCUACGUCACCAUGUUCCUGUCUAUCCGGAAGAGCAGCCUGCACCUGAGCUGCAAGACGCGGCAGCUGCGGCAAGACGUGGCCAUGGCGCACCACUUCUUCUUCAUCGUGUUCACCGAUGCCCUCUGCUGGAUACCCAUCAUCAUCCUCAAGGUGCUCUCGCUGCUGCAGGUCCAGAUCCCAGGGACAGUGACCUCGUGGGUGGCGAUAUUCAUCCUGCCCAUCAACAGUGCCUUGAACCCCAUCCUGUACACCCUCACCACCAGCUUCUUCCGAGAGAGGGUCAAGACGUCUCUCUCCAGGGCGCAGAGGAGAAACACUGAAAGCUUAUCCAAGAACUCCUCCGCGAUGAAGCUCACCUUUCUGAGAAUCGGAGGAGCACAAAUCUGAAGGGGCAUGGAAGUGACACUCACAGAAAAAUAGAACAGUAUUUAUUUAUGAAAAAAAAAAUCUGAGUAUUGCGUGAUCCAAGGAAUGGUGAAGAUUCCUACAAUCCCAAAGAGAUCUGACUGAAACACAAAAAUAUAACAUGAGCUGCCGGGAUCGUCAGUGGACAGCGCUCGCCAUCACAGGGAUCAGCUGCUCAUUAAUUCCACUUGGAAAACAUUUUUAUAUUGAUGGAAGAGUUCUACAAGGGCUAUUUCAACAUGCUUGUUUCUCCGGAGCUGGAGGUGGUGUGGGGUCUUUUCAUGCCGUGCUGUGCAGAUGGUGGUUGAAAAUGUCAUGAAAACUUGUUUCAUUGUACAGUAGAAUUGCAAAUUGUCAUACAGAAGACACACCACACAUACGUUAUUGUUGCACCAUAUGCCUUUGUUUAACCUGAUUAUGUGCCACAGCAGUGAGCAAGACCACCAUACCACUGGCAAAUGCCAAAACAUCUACUAAUGGUUGCACAUGCUGGCUGUGAUCUUCCCACAAGAGGUGCCAGGGGCAGGAAGAUCAUGGUUCAAGGCAAUGCUACGGGCUGUUACAAUGUUUUGCUGCUAAACCGAACUACAGUAUGUCUAUAUAUAGAUAUACAGAUAAACAGUAUAGAUAUAUACAAAGAUCAAAGCUGUCUGGUAUGAUGGUAAAAACUGCUGGUGGACUGUUUAUUGUAAAACAGACCCAAUGCUGAGAUAAAGUUUUUAUGAGAUUUAGAGACGCCUCUGCACGCCAACAAAUUCCCGCUGGUCAUCUGUGAAUAAUAGUGGUGCAUCAUAAACUAGCACAAAGAUGGGUGUCAAGAGGUUAGCAGAACUCAGCCUUAUAAAAGUUUGCAGCAGUAAACUUGCAUGGUCAUUUUGCAGUUUACUGUGUUUGUUUUCCAAUGCUGGUGCCGUGUAUUUCUCUUGCAUUACCAGGUGUUCACCAUGCUCCACUGCACAUCUGUGGCUUACCUUGCUUUCUGGACCUGUGCUUGAUUACACUGUGCUUUUACACUGCAGUAAACUUUCAAAAGGGUACAUAGGGUCUAGUAAGGGCUGUGUGCUGUGUGAUGCUGCCAAUGUUAUCUCGAUACUGUGAAGCUGUGCAUCAGAUAGCACUAAAAUAUCUCCAUUCUCUCUCUUUUCUUGUGACCUUUGCAGUCUUUUUAUUUUGAACAGAAGAUUAUAUGUUACCUCCAAAGAUUAUUGUAUUAAAAAGAGAAGGAAACAUUUUCUUUAUAUGCACUGUAUGAAGCAAAAAAAUUAAAUAAAAAUUAAAUAAAACAAAUCUACAUGUAAUAAACAUAACAAGCAGUAACUUGUGAGAUAACCGAGUUUACAGUAAAUGAGGCAUUUCCAUGUAUUGUCUGGACAGAUGUUCACUUCAUCAGUGAUUGUUAUUUUCUAUGUACUGGCACUCUAACAAACUGGA